AUGCAUCCGAACCCCGUCGUGGUGGUCACCGGCGCCUCUAGAGGGCUGGGCCUCGCAGUCGCUCAGAUCCUACUCGGCUUCAAUGCUGUUGUGGUUGCGAUAAAUCGCUCUCGAACAGCCCAGCUUGAUCAGCUCGCGGCUCAAUAUCCCGAUGCGCUCAAAAUCGUACAGUGCAGCGCGACUGAUGCACCGGCGUUCUCCAAGGCCUUGACGUCAGUUCCUGAAGAGUAUGGCCGGCUAGAUGCCCUCGUCCUAAACCACGGCAUCCUAGACCCGGUCGGCCGCCUCGGCUCACAGGAGAAUAGCGCAUUAAGCUGGGCAGACCAUUUCAAUACGAAUGUCUUCUCCUGUAUCACGGCCCUACAUGCGUCCCUUCCAGCUUUGCGCAAGGGUCCCAACGGCGGACGUGUGAUCUUCGUCUCCUCGGGCGCCGCCACCGGAGGUGUGGCUGGCUGGGGCGCGUACAACGCAGGAAAGGCUGCCAUGAACAGCAUCUGCCGCACCCUGGCUACUGAGGAGAGAGAUGUUGUGGCGGUGGCCGUGCGUCCAGGCAAAGUCAACACCGACAUGCAGAGCCAAAUCCGGUCGGGUGGAACCGGUCACAUGGAUCAGGCUGUGUACGACAGCUUUGUGCGUGAACAUAACGAGGGCGCGCUCCUCCCCCCUGACCAGCCCGGUCAUGUUAUUGCAAAACUUGCGUUGACCGCACCCUCGGAGUUGUCCGGUCAGUUCGUUUCUUGGGAUAGUGAACAGUGUAUGGCAUUCCGGAAGCCAUAG